AUGCCUCGGCGCCGAUCACCUGAAAAUCGCGGGGACGUGUGCCCUGACUGGUCCUGGGGGCUGAUGCCCACGCCGUCGCACACCAAGAACCCUGGAUGGCAAGUCGAGGGUGUUGGAACCGUCGAGCUUAAAGUGAAGGCGCAUAACCAAGACGGAUACAACACCAUCGUUCUUCGCAGGGUCCUCUAUAUUCCGGCUAUGGAGAACGGCAUUAUCUGCCAAAAGCGACUGCAGGCGGAUACAGGGGAGAACUGUUUCGUCGACUUUGACAACCUUAGCCAUCCCAACGGCUUGGUGGUCAAAAGAAAUGAACAACAAAUCUGGGAGGAGCUGGCUUAUUUCACCGGAACCAACAUCCCGCCCGUGGUCCCUCCCCCCGGAAUCAACAUCCCGCCCGUGGUCCCUCCCCCCGGAACCAACCCAGCCACCGUACCGACCCAGCCCGCUCGACCCAUCUCGGCCCGUCUUGUUUGGGUGGCGCAUCCACCUCGACGCCACCGACUAGGCCCGUCCACGUUUCUGGCCACGCUCCAAGUCACCCAGGGAACUUUCGCUAAAUGGGUUGCGGUCAAGGAAGAGCGCUGGGCACUUAUAGAGGAAGCCAACAACAGCGCGCAACCAGUCCAAUGAUUGCGCCUACACUCGGUAUGGUUGGAGAAGUACGCAGGGAAACACGGAGGAGUCUUGGUCGGAGAGCAGGUCCCUCGGCAUCGGCCGUGAAUGCUGGGACAUUCAUGAUUGGGGGUGGACGUUCUUCUCGGGGGCAGUAGAGCGGACGGUUGCACCUCAGAUGGCUGGCCCGUCCGGCGGUGGGAAUUUGGGAAUUGCUACCUGGCGCGUAGUUGAUAAAUAGAGUCCGGUUACUCGCAAGUUCCACACGCCAGAUUUGUGUGACCGGGUAUCUCC